AUGGAGAACCAAACAGAGGUGAGUGAAUUCCUCCUAACAGAGUUGAUUAACUUCUUUAAACUUCAAAAUCUUCUAUUUACAAUCUUCCUGCUGUUGUACCUGGCCAUAUUGGUGGGAAAUGGUAUGAUUAUUAUUUUAAUCUUAACAGAACCACAUCUCCACACUCCCAUGUACUUUUUCCUUGGAAAUCUUUCCUGCCUUGACAUUUUCUUCUCUACAGUUACCAUACCAAAGAUGCUAGCAGGAUUUCUAACAGAGCUGCACACAAUUUCUUUCAAGGGCUGCAUGAUACAGCUGCAUUUUUUCCACUUCUUGGGAAGUAGUGAAGGUAUUCUCCUUGGAAUCAUGGCCUAUGACCGCUAUGUUGCAAUAUGCAAUCCUUUGCGUUACGCACUCAUCAUGAGGAAAGAGGUUUGUGUGUUAAUGGCAGCAGCUGCCUGGUGUGUUGGAUUUUUCCAUGCCUUGAUGCACACAGUGAUGACUUCUCGCCUUCCCUUCUGUGGAUCAAAUCAUAUUGAACACUUUUUGUGUGACAUCAAGCCUUUGCUGAAACUGGCCUGCAGUAGCACAUAUCUCAACCUCAUGCUCCUGAAUAUUGUAACCAGUUGUAUUGUGAUGAGCUCUUUUGUGUUCAUAGUUCUCUCCUACCUUUACAUUAUUACUUUUCUGCUUUUCAAAGUACAAUCCCAGAGUGGUUGGCAAAAAGCCUUCUCCACUUGUGGGUCACACUUAAUUGUGGUGGCUUUACUUUAUGUUCCUGUGUUGUUUAAUUACAUACUUCCCAGUGUGGGUACCUCAUCAGAACAGGACAUGAUGGUAACCCUCAUAUAUAGUGCAAUUACCCCAGUGUUAAACCCACUUAUUUAUACACUGAGAAAUCAGGAAGUUAAAAGAGCAAUGAAAAAGAUUAUAGACAAAAAAAAAGUAACUUUCUGGUGA